GCGAGAGCGAGAGAGAGAGAGAGAGAGGGGGGGGGAUGAAAAAAAAAUCCUCAGCACAAAAUCGUUCCUAUCCUCCUCGCCGCUGGCCGCGCGGUUGACAACAUGGCUUGAUCGACGCCGACCGCGACGCGGGAAGGACUGCCGGAUCUGUGGGUGACGUCGACAACGACAUCCGUGCACGCGACGCGACCGUGCAUCGAGGGACAGAGAGGACGCGGGGUGAUCCAACCGUUGUCACAGCGACAAACUUCGUAAUAGGAGGACAGUCUUUUUUUUUUUAUCAUUGGGACUGUGUACGGCGCGCGACCCUCGGAGAAGACGUGCGUGUGUGUGCAGCGUGUGCGGGAGCGUGAGAGCCAAUCGCACAGAAAGAAACGGGCGAUUUUUUACUGUUUUAUUUUUUGACUGCCUUCACCACCUUCGUUCUGCAGAAGAAGCGGCCGACCACGCAGCCUCCUCCGUGCCGUUACCGGAGCGCUCGAGGCGCGCACUGCUCCCGGUAUCGCCCCGUGAUGCUGAUGCUGAGCUGUGUGCAGGAUUCCAUCACCGCGCAGCAUCCUCAAGGGCACGCACGCGCGUUGGAGAGGGAAUUGCGUGCAUCCUAAACGGUGCCCCCCGUUGUGUAUUGGGGGCAGCAGCUCGUAUUGAGGGCUCGAAGACUCGAAGGUUUUCUGGGGUAUAAUCAUUGCAGGAUCGUUGCUUUUAGUCGAUUGACCUACCUAUAUGUAAAGAAAUUAAUUGCAUUAAUUGCAUUUUAGUGCUGUGCUGGAGGAGAGCGCGUUGUCACUGACACAUAGCGUGGUUUAGUCGGAGAAGCGCCUGCCGUCGGGGUCAGCUGGAUGCGACAGCUUAUCGAGGGAAAUCACACACGGGGAAUGUGCAAAUAGCCGAACGUUUUAUUUCACUCGACAUCUCGCUUUUCUGGAGGAGAAAAAAAGCGCGUAGACUGUGGAGCCGAGGAGAGGACGACGUCCCAUCCUUCCCGCUGCUUGGGGAGAGCAACAUCAGUUGGAUUGUGCGUCCAUCCAUCCGACGACCACCGAUCACGAAGUCCGACAGCCGGUGGCCGUAAUCCUGCUCCCUGGCCCCCCUCUGGCAGGGCCGCGGCUGAGGCUUUCAAGCUCCUGCAGGGAGCCAAUCAGAGCCAUCCACACAUGUCUGGGCUUUGCCACUUGUGAGCUGAUCAGUGGGCCUCCUCCCAAAAAAAGAACUUUCGGAAUCGGUGCAGAAUCUAAGCCCGAUCUCUGAUUGAAUGGCGGCCAGCGUUUCCAUGGCGAUGGAACGGAACAGAGCCCUGGCUCGGGAACCAUUCCGGAACCUUCCCGUUGAAAGACGUCAACGCCUCUGAGCUGACGGCGGCGAUAUCUGCUUCCCCCUCCCUCCUACUCUGAUUCUCCUCCCCACUCCCCCCUCCCCCUUCCUUCCUCCCCUCCCACAUGACCACACCUCUCCAAGGACCCCUUCGCCUAUAAACAGGAACACCCCCCCCCCCCCUCCCCCAGCUUCCUGCUCAGACUUGCUCUUCGCUCCAUCAAGUAUUUCUGAACAUUGAACAAGACCCCCCGGGUGAAGCCCCCGCAGGCCCGGACGAGCGGACCGCCACCCCGCGUCACGCACCUUCUCCCGGGUCUCCCGGCCAUGGAGCCGGCAGGGUGGGGGUCCCGGCCCCGCGCGGGGGGCGCAGGGGGCUCGCUGAGGGACGGCUGCCUGGCGUGCACCCUGGGCUUGGGGUUGCUGCUGCUCCUGCUGCACUCGCCCGCCUCGGGCCAGCGCACCGACCCCUCCAAGCACCCCACCGUGACCACCAACUACGGCAAGCUGCGCGGCGUGAAGAAGGACCUGAACAACGAGAUCCUGGGCCCGGUGGAGCAGUACCUGGGCGUGCCCUACGCCACCGCGCCCAUCGGGGACCGCCGCUUCCAGCCGCCGGAGGCGCCGGGCUCGUGGCAGGAGGUGCGCAACGCCUCGCACUUCGCGCCCGUCUGCCCGCAGAACGUGCACGGCGUGCUGCCCGAGAUCAUGCUGCCCGUGUGGUUCACCGACAACCUGGACGUGGCGGCGGGCUACAUCCAGAACCAGAGCGAGGACUGCCUCUACCUCAAUGUCUACGUGCCCACCGAGGACGGUCCACUCACAAAAAAACACGAGGAAGCUACAAUGAACAAGCCUCGAGACGAAGAUAUCCGGGACCGCCGCAAGAAGCCCGUGAUGCUGUUCAUCCACGGGGGCUCCUUCAUGGAGGGGACGGGGAACAUGUUUGACGCCAGCGUCCUGGCCGCCUACGGCAACGUCAUCGUCGUGACGAUGAACUACCGGCUUGGCGUGCUCGGUGAGUAA